AUGGAGCAUGUUUCUCCCUCGUCGGAAUUGUCUCUGCAGGAACGGAAGCAGCAACAGCAACCGGGCAAGGCAGAGGAAGCUGUAAAACAAAAGCCCUGCUUCAGCGAAGGCGAGGUGUUGCAGCUUGCGCAGCGCUACUUUCUCUCCCCGGCCGUUGCAAAGGAGGCCUAUGAGGUGUUUUUGCAGUACUGUGCAAUGGAGCAGCAGCUACCGCAACGGCAGAGGUGCAUCGUGAUGGCGCCUUCUGUGCCUUCGCGUAAGGCAACGGAGGUGAGCACGGUAUUCUCCCCCACGGCUGUUCGGGAAGACGGGGGAGAGGCUAUGCCGUGUCGGCUGGACAUGCCACAUGGCGAGAAGGCCGCUGCGGCAACGGUGGAAGGGAAGAAAGAAGAUGGCAGGAUUGAUACAGCAACGGUGUGGACAUCAGCCUUGGUCAGUGGGAGGCAUACGCUUCCGGGCGACGGAGAACGCCAGCAGGAGGGGAAGGAUGGGGCCACAAGCCCCGACGCUGAAAAGGAAGUGGGCGAGGAGGUGACGCUUGGGGUGGAGGGGCUUCAGCAGUUCUUGAACGACUUGGGGAUGCGCAUGUCUGCGCUGGAGGUGGCGGACUUGGUACACGACCUCAACGAUGACCCCAUCGACUUUGUUCUGCGGCGGCGCGCGAUGGCGGCGGCAGCAGCAGCGGCAUCCGAGGCUGAGGCGCAGGCUUCCGCGGUGGGAGGCUCUUCGGCGGGGCAGGGUGCGACCACGAAGUCCGCGACCUCCACCAAGGCCGGAGCGAGCCGUCGGAAAGACAACUCCGCCGUCACGAAGAGUGGCAAGGAGGCCCACUCAGAGUCAGCUUGGAGCGGUGAUAGAGGAGAGGAACUUUCCGUGUCCGUAAGCAAGAGGUCAGUGAGGGAUGGCGUAACGUUCUCGCUCUUUCUCUUUAUUCUCUCCCAUGUGCUGCUGGAGAAGGAGGACAACACGGAGAUGCGGGACUGCGAGGUGCGUGACCUGUUUCACCUCGUAGACGCCGAUAAGGAUGGGGUCAUCUCCGUGCGGGACAUACAGACGGUGAUACAGCGCUUGAUGGAUGAGGGUGCCGCAGCGGAUGAUCGUGACCUGCAAAAACUUUAUGCCAUGAGCAUGGUUGAGCUUGAAACGGCCCUGGCGGAGUGCGACGUGGACGACGAUGGCCGUGUGACACUGGAGGAUAUGUAUGGUGUUUUGCGUUCAUGA